UAAUAAUCGUUGCUAUCAGCUUGAGGUUUAGCUCGUUUAGAAACUGGUCGAACGCUUUGAGACUCAAAGGAACAGUUGAACAACUACAAUGGACAACUUUUACUGAUCUUUUACAGAAAUAUGGAGACGUUUGUUUUAGUUUUCGUUCUGAUAAUCGUGGACGGUUUGUUUGGUGUUAUGGAUGAAAUACAGUCUGUGUCAGUGACGGAGGGAGAUUCUGUCACUUUAUAUACUGACGUUACUGAAAUACAGAAAGCUGAUCUGAUACUGUGGACGUUUGGAUCUGACAGCACUCGAAUAGCUCAAAUAAACAGAAUGGCCAAUAGGAUCUCAUUAUAUGAUGAUGUUCUUGACGGGAGAUUCAGAGACAUACUGAAGGUGGAUCAUCAAACUGGAUCUCUGACCAUCACAGACAUCACACCUGAACACGCUGGACUCUAUGGGUUUUUACAGAUCGUUGAAGGAAAAGAAGUCACACCCAAAAAAUUCAGCAUUAUUGUUUCUGCUCGUCUGCCCGUUCCUGUCAUCAGCAGAGACUGUUCUUCAUCAUCAUCAUCUUCAUCAUCAUGUUCAUUGUUGUGUUCAGUGGUGAAUGUGGGUCAUGUGACUCUCUCCUGGUACAAAGGAAACAGUUUAUUGUCCAGCAUCAGUGUGUCUGAUCUCAGUAUCAGUCUCUCUCUACCUCUGGAGGUGGAAUAUCAGGAUAACAACACCUACAGCUGUGUGCUCAACAAUCCCAUCAGCAACCAGACUCAACAUCUGGACAUCACUCAACUCUGUCACACAUGUUCAGCACCAGGUUUGUCCGCAGCUCAUAUAGCACUGGUUUGUGUUUGUGCUUUGGCUGUGGCUGCAGUUUUGUGUGGCAUUUACUAUUACUGUCAGCGCAAGACGCCUAAACAAGCAGACCCAGACCAACCUGAUGGAGUGCUUAUUAAGCUAAAUAAAGGUGCAGUUCCUUUGCUAGCUAUGGAGCUAAACGACAGGGACGUGUCUAUUCAGAAAGGAGAUUUGCCAAAUAGUAAGUUACCGAGUCGUUUCGCUGUUCCUUUCAGAAAUCAAACAGAUGGUUUGAACAUUUAGA